AUGGUUAGCAAUAAAGCAGUGACCAAGAGAACGAAGGAACCGGAGAAAGAAAGCUACACCAGAGGGAGGACGGAGAUCAGCUACUAGCGUACCAUAGUCUCUCGUUUCGGGUAGUCAAGCCACAACGGUAUGCACGGGAGAACCGCCAUGGCAGUGGCCUGCCUUCUGUGCAUGACGGCUCUGCUGCUAGUCCAGGAUGUCCAGUCCAGGAGGCUACUGUGGACGGAGCAGGAGAAGAAACAAACCCAUGGUGGCCUCGUUGGCAACCAUGGCACCGCUGACCGGCGAAGCACCUCCCUGGAACCGUGCAGUGGCGCUAUGGGAGGAGGCGGCACAGGAAGUGCAGACAAGCAGGGCGAAUUCCCGUGUGAUGAUGAUACGUCAAAAUGGACAGAACUGCACACGGAUUACAUAUACACCCAAGACUUCAAGCACCCAUAAACUGUUAGCUAGCUGGCUCGAUCGCGUGUGCCAAGUUUCUGAAGAUUAUUAGUUUUGUCUGUAGGCGUUGCGCGUUCAAUGCUGUAGUAUAGGUGUAUAAUUAAUUAGCUAGCCAGUCAUCAGUGACUACUGUAGUUAAGACUUAAGAGUACGCUGAAUGAGUAUCAUGUAUGGACGCAUUAGAUGGUUUAAUAUAUGCAUGCAUGUUUGUAUCA